GCCAAGAUUCACCAAGAUAGCCUUUCACUGGCAAGUAAGAUCUUGGCCUUUUCUGAAUGAAAACAAGCGAGGCAAAAGAGCAUUCUCAAACCUCUAGUCAUAGAUCUUAACUGCAAAAAGACUGAGAAAAUGGGAAAAGGAAGGAAUGACCAUGUAAAAGAAGAGAAAAGAAAUGAAGAUGAUAGGAUGCAACUCAAAAGGACAAUAGGGUAUUUUAAUGGGGUGAGUUUUAUAAUUGGCACCAUAGUUGGUGCAGGGAUCUUUGUGUCUCCUACAGGAGUGCUACAGUAUUCUUUACUUAACGUGGGUGUUGCGCUAUGCAUCUGGACUGCCAGUGGAGUAAUAUCUCUGAUGGGUUCCCUCUGUUACGCAGAGCUGGGGACUGCACUACCGUUCUCUGGAGGAGAAUACAGUCACAUAAAGAGAGCACUCGGAUCUCCACCUGCUUUCAUCUUUAUCUGGACAGCGAUGUUUACAAAGCCAGCAUCAAAUGCUGCCCGAGCCUUGUUGUUUGCAGAAUAUGCCACUCAACCUUUCUAUGGUGCCUGUCCUGUACCAGAGCUGCUAAAAAAAUGCUUGGCUUUGGCUGUUCUUUGGUGUCUGGGGAUUCUGAAUGGCCGCAGCAUCAAAAUGGCUGCUUGGGUUCAAACUGUUUUCACAGUGUUGAAGAUGACGGCUUUAUCCGUAAUUGCCAUAGGUGGCAUUGUCCUGCUGGUUAGAGGAAGAAAGGAGAAUUUGGCAAGGCUUGAGAAUGCUUUUAGUUCAGAAGUUCCUGAUGCAUCACAGAUUGCAGAAGCUUUUUUCCAAGGAUUAUAUGCAUAUGGUGGUUGGUGGUCCCUCAAUUACAUGGCAGAAGAGAUGAAAAACCCUAGCAGAAAUAUCCCUUUGACUGUGAUGACAGCACUUCCUGCAGUAACUGUUUUUUACUUACUGGUAAAUAUCUCAUACCUGACCGUUCUCACACCAAAGGAAAUUGUCUCCUCAGUUGCUGUGGCAGUCACAUGGGCUGACAAAGUAAUCCCUGCUGUUGCUUGGAUCAUUCCUUUAUCUGUUGCUGUCUCAAUAUUUGGUGCCCUCAACAGUAGCAUGUUUACAUUAGGACGAUUGAGCUAUGCUGGAAGUCAGUCAGGACAUUUGCCUGUUUUAAUAUCCAUGCUGAAUGUUCACUGUUGCACUCCAGCUCCAGCCAUGAUUUUUUCAACCAUCAUUGCUUCCAUUUUUAUUAUCCCCUCUGAUCUCAUUGCUUUAACAAAUUACUUUGGAUUUUCCGUGUGGCUGAUGAUUGGACUGACCUGUGCUAGCCUAAUUGUACUCCGAUACCGGGAACCUAAUCUGCACCGACCAUACAAGGUGUUCUUACCAGUAGCAUUUGUGAUGGUGGCAAUUUCAUUAUUCUUAGUUUUGGCUCCUAUAAUCUGGUCUCCAAAGGGUGAAAUUCUAGCCCUGGAGUUUGCAGACAAAUUUGAAGGCUGGCCAGAAGAGCUCAAAAAAGGGGCCAUCCCAGGAACAUGAAAUGACCUCCCACAGAAACUAAGGACCAUCAUUACCUGGUUCAAGAGCAAGGCAUGCAUCUUUGACCUGUCUUUUUAACAUAAACAUAUAGUAAGAAACAUUUUAUAUUACGAAGAAAAUUCCAGAACAAUUCCUGCAUUCCUCUUUUUGCCUGAGGAAGAGACCGGAGAACAGUUAUAAGAGUGUGGUUAUAAGAAUCUGCAUAAAAUAGAUGUCCCUGCUCUGGCUUUUGUGCUGACCUCUGGCAGUCAGCAAUGCUAGGAAUAACCUUUUUAUGUCAGUUUGCCAGGCAUGCAUUAUUCAUAUCAUUCGUGUCAUCAUUCAUAGUCCUCCUGAAUGUAGGAAGGAGGAAUUCUCUCUUCCAUGAAACUUAUGAACACUAACCCAAAUCCACAUAACACCAUAGCAGUAACAGGUUUUUCUCUCCCAUAAAAAAUCAAAGAUUUGAAAAAUAAAUUGUUCUCAAUUGGAAGAGCAGCAACGAAAAAUAUUGGAAGCUUCUGUAGAAUAGCUGCCCAGCUCCCUGGCCAUCAGGAGAACUGCUAAGCAGCCUAGGGAACCAAUGCCCCUACUCAGCAGCCCUGGACCUAGGGACCCUGGAAAGCCAUGUGAUCUUAGGCUGUUCUUUUAUUUUAUUUUUAAAGAUAAAAGCAGAGCAGCCAAAGUGCUUUGUUGAAUUUGUCUCUGGGUUUUCUUUAGCUUAGAAUUGGCCUGUUCAAAAUACAUUAAAAGAAAUCACUGGGGCAAGAAAGGUUUGGAAGUACAUGCACUUUAGGAUCUAAUGUUAAGUCUGAAGCCAAUGAGAGCCCUUCCACUGACUUCAAUUGGCUUUUAAAUCAGGUCCCAUGUCAUUUCUCUGCUUAGCCACCAAUUUGCUGCAGCUUACAGAGGGUAGACAAAUUACUGAGUUUAUUAGAAAAGUCAGGCAAAAAUGUUAUCUUAUGAUCAAGCAGCCAGCCUAUUUUUUAUAGCCUCCAAAGUAAAACAAUGUUGUACGUCAUUUCAGUUGCAAUUAUGAAAUGCUAGCAGAUUUUUAGAAACAGAACAUAAUUUUUCCUCUCUGGGUGUCACUCAGAUUCAAGGAAGCACUUUUACAAUGUGUUGGAAUAAUAUAUGGAGCUUAAUUAUGAUUGACCUGCUAUUAAAAUGUCUACAAGAUUUUGUUUUGUCCUUGUGUGGUAGAGACUUUGUUUACACACAUUUGUAUGAUUCAGGCAGUUCACUCAUUUACAGCUUUAUGGAUCAUUAGUAUGUGAUGAUCAAAAUGGGAGUUGUCAGAAUUGAUCCUCUAAGUGGAUUCCACUGUGCUCAAAUUUCCUAUUGACCUUCCACAGUAAAUCAUUUUUAAGUACUGCUGCCAGAAGCCAGAACUUGCAGAAACAAAAGUACAAUGUGCUGAGGGCCAUGGCAGUUUGAGUAUAUUUAAUCUUGAUGAGGCAGGGCACUCAUCUUCAGAGAAAAAUGAAUCUGCCAAAUUGCAAGUGCUUCAUCCAUAUUUACAACUUGCAAACAUUUUACAGCCUGUUUUUGUAUUGCAUUUCAAUACAGUACUCAUACUAUCAUUAUAGUGGAUGCAACCUACAUACAAAAUGCAAAGUGAGUAAUAACACUGAAGUCUUGAAUAAUGAUUACCUCAACUAUGUCAGUGAAUUCUAAGAACAUUGCAACCUGAGGCCAUCUCUACAGGCUCAUAGACAAAACUGUAUCAUUUUGCCAACUUCUAAUCGAUUAGCUAGUUUAAACCAGUAGUAUAAUUUCUCUGAAUUGGUCAUGGAUGAUUUAUCACAAGAGGAAUUAUGCUCAAGUAAAAGCCUUCCAAAAUGCUGCAUUCUGUUUUUGUUUUGUUUGUUUGUUUUUAAACUUUGUUAUAACUAUAAAGCGGCAACAUUGAGCCUGGGCAGAAGUAAACUAUGGGCCCAAGUAAACUAUGACAGUCAAAUGAAGUGUUUAUAAAUAACAAUAAAAUAAAUCUUCAAAUUAUCAAAAAUAGUGAAAGAGAUUUGAAGGUGGAAAGAAGAAUUGGCAUUUUAUAAAGGACUAGGAAUCAGGAUUCCUGGGGUGUCUGUUCCCAGUUCCCUGACAGAAUGAAGAGUGAAGAGUAGACCAAGAUAUAUAGAAUUACACAUGCUGUAGGGGUAUUUAUUAAACUGUUUAUCUUCAUUAGUAGUUCCACCACUGUUCCACCCAAUAAAAUCAUUUACAUUCUGGCUCAGUUAAUCUAUUUUUAAAUUGGGAACAACAUCAACAACAUGUGGCUUCUGUACUUCUCAGAGAUGAUGGCGCUUAACAUUUAUAAAAUGCUUUCAUGGAAAGUACCAGGACUUCUGACAUGAUUUCUGGCUAAUGUAGUUUUUUUUUAUUUUAGGGCUAUUUCAUUGCUUAAAGACAGAGUACUGUAUUAAUUAAGUUACUAUGAUGUGGGAAGUACAAAAAGAAGUAGUGAAAAAAAUAAUAAAACUGAAAUGAAAAAUAUAUUUAAAAAAAUGAUACAUUUAUUUUAAAGGCGUAUUUGUAUAUGACCAGGACUACUAAUUAUGCUUUAUUUAUCAUUUUAAAAAGUAUCAGUCAUCUAAGUCCCUUGGUUGGUCCCCUGGGUGUGAAGUGAGGCCAGGGCUGCAUGGUAGCUGAACUUGCUUUCUGGAAGAGAUGGCUCCUUCUGGCUGCCAUCACCACCAGACCCAGCCUUGCUGCCCAGGCACACGACCAAGUCCACCCUGCACCCACUGCUGGGCGUGAGACCUGCCCAGCCAUGUGGAUGGAAUGGGGACACAGGUGGGCAGAGAAUAGGGAUCUUCAGAAUAGAAUGGGCACAGUACCAUAAAAGUUUCUCAUUAUGUCCUUCUGGUAUUCCUCAGUAUUUUUGGGAGGAGGAAAUAAUUUCUUAAUUAAAGGUUAAUUCAUUCAGUGUCCAAUCCUACAAGGUCACAAAUUACUUCAAUUAUCACUAAUGGGCUCUGAAAAUAUUCAGCACCCUACACGGUCAGUUCCAGAUGGAGGAUGUUAGGACUUCCUCACAGGACUUCUAAGUUAUUGUAUAAAGGAGUAUUUCAAUAGAUGGAAUUGUAGGAAUGUUUGAACACUUGCUUAAUAAACAAAUCUCUUAUUUCAAAAUGA